AUGGCUGCCCCCGCGACCGAGACGUCCAACAUGGACAAGCAGGUCGACCUGUCCACCAUCCCCAUCUCGCCCGAGGGUAAGGAGAACGAAGAGACCACCGCCGACGGCAAGCCUGUCACCGUCUUCCACGACAAGGACAAUUUCAACGUCAAGCACCCCCUCCAGAACAAGUGGACUCUAUGGUUCACCAAGCCCCCGAGUGGCAAGGGUGACAACUGGAACGACCUGCUGAAGGAGGUCAUUACCUUCGACUCUGUCGAGGAGUUCUGGGGUGUCUAUAACAACGUCUCCGCCGUCUCCGAGCUGCCCCAGAAGGCCGACUACCACCUGUUCAAGGCUGGUGUCCGCCCUGAGUGGGAGGACCCCCAGAACAAGCACGGUGGCAAGUGGUCCUACCAGUACAAGGACAAGCGCAGCGUGGAUAUCGACCACCUCUGGCUCCAGGUCAUGAUGGGCGCCAUCGGCGAGACGCUCGAGGAUGAGGAUGACGGUGAGGUCAUGGGCGUCGUUGUCAACGUUCGCAAGGCCUUUUACCGUAUCGGCGUCUGGACUCGCACCAUAGGAAAGAGCAUUCCGGGCCGUGGUGACGGUGACGUGGCUGGAGGAAAGGGCCGCAGCAGCGACAAGGGCCGCGGCAUCCUGAUCAACAUUGGCCGCAAGUUCAAGGAGAUUCUUGAGCUUCCUGCCAAUGAGCAGGUUGAGUUUUCUGGACACACCGACAGCGCCAACUCUGGCAGCACGAGGGCUAAGGCCAAGCAUACUGUCUAA